CUAGCUCUUUCUUCAGUCAUCUCCAAGAGCGGCAAGUGAGCACGCACCUCUGGUCAAACCAGCAAGCAACCUCUCCAGCUGCAUCCACAUCAUUUACAGCAAGAGCUGCAAACUAGCUUCACAGCACACACAUAUAAUUCCAGCAAUCCUGCAAACCCUUCACGCCGUUGCAGACUAGGAUUAAAGCAUCUGAUCAUCAAUCCAAGGAAAAAGCAAAUUUCGUUGACAGCGCACCAGUCUGGGUUUACAGCCCCGGAUAGGUAUUUUUAUUGUCUCCUUUUUGCCUUGCUGCUAGGAAUCAUGUCCGAAAUUUUGCCCUACGGUGAUGAGAAGAUGGCUCAUUUCGGAGCCGAAGGCGACGUCAGCCAGAUCUCUUUCAGCUGCCGCCUACAAGACACUAAUAGCUUCUUUGGGGGAUCCCAAGCCAAGAGGCCACCAAAACUGGGACAGAUCGGAAGAGCUAAGAGAGUUGUUAUUGAAGACGACAGAAUAGACGAAGUCCUUAAGGGAAUGUCUGAUAAGUCCUCGCCUGGGGUGUAAGUUGAAGUGGAGCCCUGCACCGACCUGCAGACUGUUUUCACUGAUUUUUAAAGCACUUUUGGCUGUGCAUGUUUGUGGACUGUGGUCACAGAAAGAAGGAGAGAAGUGUUGGGGUUGCUGGCAAAUCUCCAAAACCAAAUCAACCCAAACCAAUGCGCAGUAAUUGAAAGAGGAGGCGUAUGCCUUGGCUUUUUACUCCAGAACAAAAAAGCAACAAGAAGGGGACUGCACACAUACAUCUCAGUAUACCAUUGCCAACGCGCUGUAAACUGGAAUCCUUCCAUUGUCCACCAUCAUUUUCAACCACUCUGUGGCUAGAAGUUGUCUCUUUUUCCAAAACAAUAAUAGUAAUAAUAACUGGUUUGUGAUGUACUGUCAUGUGGGAAUUAUUACAUACCAUGCAAGAGAUCUAAAUCGAGUUGUGGCUUUAGUACCUUGAGAUUUUCCUGUUUACUAAUAAAGGGAGCUAUCCCUUUAGCACGGUGAAGUUUCUUCCACUGGGACAUGCUUGCUGUCCAUUUCAGUACUACGCUACUCUGACUUGCCGUCCACUUCAGCACUAUGCGUCCUUUUCUCGUUCCUUGCCGCAGGAGCUGUCUUUUCAGCACUACAUUGCAACAAAUUUCUCCAUCACACGUUAUCUCUGAAAAAGUACUUCAGCUACACAGUCGAAAUAUAAACCUCACUCUAAUUCCAACUCGAAGAUUGGAUUGAUUAGAAUUGGAAAGUUAAGGGUUGAUACUAAAGAUCAACUCAUUUUCAUUUUAAAUUUGACCUUAUUAAAUACUUAAAAAGCUACAUAAUUUAAUACACUUUAAAUGAAAUAUGGCCAGUUUGCAUACCAGCAGAUCGGAAGCCAAAAAAUCACAAGCCAGCAGAGACGGAAAGAAAGUAGACAAAAGAAGGACCUAUACAAUUUUUUUCUGUUAAAAAAGACAUUUUAUUCCAUCUUCUUGCAUGUGCUUCCGAUGUUGGUGCCCACCUUUGGUGCCAUUGGUCAUACCCACUCGGGCACGCUUCUUUUUACAGAUUUCCUCAUAUUUGUAUUUUUAUAUCCAGAUAUUUGUUAAAAAUGAUAUGCUAGCCUAAAGAAGUCUUAUAUUGCAUCAAAGAAUGUUGGUAUUUUUUUUUCUUUCAUUAGAGUGUACAGAGUAGAUUGUACAGAAAAAUAAAAUGAUGCAACUGUUAAUUGUUUGUUUACUGUAUACCAGUAUUGGACAAGACUUAUUGAAUGUGUUUAGGGUUUUGCACACAUCAAUGUGAAAUGACAUAUUUAAGAGAAGAUGAAAAUACUUAUACUGUGAUUUAAGCUCUGUUUAUGGAAAUGCUAGGAACUGACACAUUUAGAAAAUACAAUUGCACUGUUUACGAAAUUGUUCAAAUAACGUGCUGUUAUUUGGCUUUUCAUUUCUUGGAACAUUAGAACUUGUGUUUUAAUUUGAUAUUUUUUGUACUCUUUCUUUUGAAAAGUGUAUUAUAUGAUGUGCAUGAAACCUUAAUAUUUUCAAUAAUAGAGCGCCAUUUGAAAAAAUACAAGGAAGCAAAAAAGUCAUGACAUUCUAAGAAUGAGUCAUUGUAAAUUUUAAUACCAUUUUCACUGUAUUUGGUGAAUAAACAAAUAAAAUGAAUGAAACUA